AUGCGAGUCUGUCUAACAUCGCACCCCUCACGAUUAUUACCUCUAUUGGUACUAUUCGUCCUGUUGGCGGUUGCCCUGCCCGCCACAGCCGCUGAGCCUCUUCUCAGAAGUCCUGUUUAUCACGCCAUUCACUUCGAACGCCGAACCUCAACAGGUGCAAAACUAAAAACAACAGCCUCCACAUCAUCAUCAUCAUCAUCAAUGGCAGAUAUGUCUUUGGGCUCACAAUCAUCCUUAUUGCGGGGUGGAUUAGCCCUCUUUGACCCAACGGCCUCACUCACAAAAUACCGCCGACAGACUGUCUUUCUCCCCACCACACUUCACAUUACGCCAACGCAAUGGCAGGAACUCAUCGCAUUACCCGUGCGGGGUAUUAUUGCCGCCACUUCUCCAUUCGAUACACAUAAUGAAUGGCUGCUGCAACACCACCUCGCACGGGCCGCUGUGCCGCUUCCAGUGUAUUUUCUCCCUCACGAUGGUGAAGCCGCACGGGAACUGUACAAUACACUCGCCGCAUUACCACGUGAUGGAUUUGCGGUUGUUUCGGUUGGCGCUAAUGAAGCGGCGGUGGCACCAGUGGUGAAUAACUCAGUGACGGGUAUUCACUUAUAUGCUUCCAUGACUGUACGGCCAAAGGAAACGAAGGGAACAGCAUCAUCAACAACAACAGAAGAGUUACCGAGAUUAUUGAUUACUGCAUCCUUUGAUACUCUCAGUGUGGCACCAGCUGCACCCAGUACUGGUGGGGCAACCGGCAGUGUUGCGGCAAUGGAAUUAUGGCGUCGUUUUGUGGCAGAAGCAACAGCGGCAGCAGAAGACUUUUCAUCAUCACAAUCAUCAUCACUUUCACCCUAUGGUGUUUCAGUAUUGUUAGGAAAUACGGCUCGAUUUAACUACGCCGGUACAACUCAGUGGCUCUCCAGACGUCAAGAAGCUGAUCUUGACAGUUAUCAACUUGUUUUAUGUUUGGAUGAGUUGUUAACACCAUCUAGUCCUGAUACGGAUAACACUGAUGGAGAAGAGAAUGAGGGAGAAAAGAAUGGUGUACAGGGAAGUGAAAAGAAACCUCCAACACUUUAUAUGCAUGUGCAUGAUUCCUUUGCGAAGAGUCCACAGUAUGCGAAAGUAAAAGAAACAGCUGAGGCUAUUGCGACGCAACACGGUAUCGCUCUUACCGUACUUUCUUCAAAGACAGAUUAUCACCAUUAUGAUAUUCGCUUUGAACAUGAAGUACUCGCUCACCGACAGAUUCCUGCCGUAACAUUUUCCGCUACUCGUACAUAUCGUGUAGAUCAACUCUUCCGCGGUAGUCGCAUUCCCAUUCCUGCAUCUCUUAACACAACUACACCCGCUAUGGCCAUGCAAUUGAAACGACGUGUGGAUUUCAUUCAUGCCUUUGCACAACAAUUGCUGCGUGGAUCUGAUACCGCAGAGAAUCUUUCUGUACAAUCACAACAACAAUGGGUGGGCAGUGAUGCGUAUAUGGCGGGUUUAUUACGAUAUGCGGCGGAAUCGCAGCGCAGUCCAUUGGCAUUCACUGCGGAUGGUAAUUUGGCUGUGGUGAAGUAUGCGGAAGUGCUGGAGGCGCAUCUGAAGCAACGUGUGAUGACGUCUACUUCCACUUCUUCCUUCUCGCCCGCCUCUUCCUCUCAGCUGCGGCGUACCCUCUCGACCAGUGUUUCCCUCUCCACCUUCCGUCUACACAUCCCUGGUGUUGUGUUGAUUGGCCCCUAUGAGCAGGUGAUGCGUGUGUUUGUGGAGAACAGCACUUCUGUGGAUUUACUGCUGCUCGCCGUUACGAUUCUCGUCGUUGGCGGGUUUGCCAUGAUGGAAUUUGGAUUUGAUAAGACGUGGCGUAUUCUGUUUGACUGUAUGAAGGAAGAAGGGGAAGGCGGCAGUAGCAGUAGCAACAGUAAAACCAACCAAUAG